AUGGACGAAAUUCGUGCGUCAAUACAAAACACCUUGGAUGCAGAAUUCCCUCGGUGUGCUGUUAUCCAGGCAGAGCGGCAUCCACUUUCUUCUAUGGCUCGGUGCCGGUCCCAUGGCACCCACUUGCUAUCCGCUGAGGCCUGCGAGAUGGCCAUUCAUGCAGUUCCGUUUCGGUCGGCAAUGGGUCCCGAAUGUGAGGACCAAAUUUGGGAGUACCAGUUUCUUCCCCCGUCCGUCGCUUUGAUUGCAGAUAAAAUCAAAGUAACUCCUUGGAAUGGCGCUGAGACCAUCCUUGCCGUGCCCCGUCGUGUCCUCUGUUUGUCCUGGAGGAUGGCUCCUGCGUCGAUUGGCAAUGCUCUUCAAUGA